CAGUGCACUGCUCAGGCGCGUUGAAGCGGGCGGGCAGUGGCAGUCGCGCCGGCCGGGGCUCCUGUAGAGCGUGAAGCAGGCGCCCUGUUGACGCUGUUGUGCCGCGAGACUUCGGUGCGCCGAGGAGGAGGCUGGACUAGUGGGAGGAAGGUCGGCUCUGUCUGACUGACCCUCCCUGCUCUCCCCGGCGCUGCAUUAGCGCGGCACACCAGGAGUGGCCAGUGCUCGUCGGUCCCUACCUCGGCGCGUGCCAGUCUUGCCGUGCUCCCCGAGAGCGACGGGCCACGGCGGGGGACAGUGACCUGGUCCCUGCGCCCCUCAUCAUUGCCUGUCUUAUCUUGACCUUCCGCACCGUUCACACCGCGACCUUGCCCACCGGUUAACGCACUCACUUGACCCUUGCUUAACCCGCUCGUUUGAUUGUCCCAGUUGACCACCGUGACCGAUCUCCGGAAUGAAUAUGACCUCGCCGGCUCCUGUGACCUCCCAUGACCCCGCUCCCACCUGGAUGGAGGAACCCACGGCUCACUCGCCUCUGCAGUUUUACGGCAACUCAUCCUACUUCGUACCGAUGGACCACAUCGUCUACGAGUACAGCCGGCCGUUCGUCAUUGUCUUGAAGCGCCAUCAUCGCCGUCUUCAUGGUGGUCAGCCUGAUUGGUAACAUGCUGGUCAUCCUGAGCGUGUGCCGGUUCCGCGCCAUGCGCACGCGGACGAACCUGUUUCUGGUGAACCUGGCGGUGACGGACGUGCUGGUGGCCGCCCUGAACAUGCCGGUGGCAUUGGUGACGCUCAUGCAGGGCCGCUGGGUGUUGGGCGAGGCGCUCUGCCAGUUCAACGGCUUCCUCUUCGGCCUCGGCACCAUUUUGUCCAUCCACACCAUGAUGCACAUCAGCAUCCACAAGUACAUCAGCAUGACAAGGCCCUUCAGCCGCUUCAUGACGCGGAGGAAGAUCCUGAUCCUCAUCGCUGCCGGCUGGCUCUGGUCCAUUCUGUACAACCUGACGCCCCAGCUGGAACUCACCCACACAGUAUAUAAGGCCGGAGCGACCCAGUGCGGUCCGGAGAUUCCGCACAACACCAAGCAGCUCGUCCACAGUGCGGUCAACAGCACGGUUAACUUCUUCCUUCCGCUCAUCGUCAUGUUCUUCUGCUACACCAGGAUCUUCCUCAAGAUUCGAGACCAUCUCGGCAGGAUGCGUGACACGUCGAACAUGGCGGAGCGUCGGCGGCUGCUGCAGCAGCAGCGCAUCGCCGUCACCUUGUUCCUGGUGCUGGCCUGCUUCCUGCUCUGCCACGUGCCGUACAUCGUCUACUCCACCGGCCUGGUGCUCGCCACCGACCGCAUUCCGCUCAUCAUGAACCCCAUCUCGUACUGGUGUCUGUACAUGAACUCAGCUCUGAACCCCAUCACAUACGGCGCGCGGAGUUCCUCGUUCCGGGAGAGCUACAAGAACAUACUUCUCGGCCGGAGCCGUUCUCAGUUCGCCAACACAGGGAGCAUCAGGAGCUGCGGCGGCAGCACCAGGCUGACGCAGAAAACUGGCACUAGCGCUUCGCUCAAGAAGCUUCGCGGCUCCUCUCUGUCUGACCCCUCUGCCGCGGCCAUGCCAGACGCCAGGGAUAGGCUGGCUCUGGCUGAUGACACGCAGAUGUGA